UCGGCUGCGAAUGAGCAAUCGACAUCAUGCAAUAUUUCAAGUGCAAAAAAUGUAAUGCUAUUCACAGACUGUGAAAUGCCGCCUGCGAGAGCUGAAGAGUAAUCUACAAGUAGUAAUAUCACAUUCACUACUCAUGAAUUGUUUUUAGAAACAAGACACAUUGAGAAAGAGGAGAAAAUGGAUGAUGUGGAAGAAGAAAUCGUUUUUGUAAACAUGGAAUCAGUAUUGAGUCACGACACAAACAUUUCUGAAAAUGUACUUCGCAAUGUUCAUCAGGUGAUGGGAGAAUUAGCAGAGGAUAUUGGUACUAAAAGCUCUGAUCCUUUAUAUAGCAAGAGUGACAAUGAAGAUGAUAAUUACUUCGUGGAUGCUGUUGACAAUAAUGAUCGUAUCAUUAAUCUGGAAGAAGAAAACACCGUAGAUAAAGAACACGUUGUUAAUGCUUUAUCUUACACUGCUUCUUUUCAACUAUUUGCGCUUAUUAAUUGCAUUAUCGAAACUCCUAUAUUACCAAAUACAAAGUAUUUAAUUCACAAACUAUUUUAUCCAAAGAAAUGGGCGUAGUAGAUAAAGCGUAGUAGACAAACGUCAAUACGCAACGAUAACCUUCAAUACUGAUAGGGCGCCUUUGUUUGAAAGUUCAACUUGUUCAAUUUGGCCGAUUUAUUUGAUGGUGAAUGAAUUGCCUUAUAACGUGAGAACUAAAGCCUUAGUUUAAGCAGGGCUUUAGUUUGGUAAAGAUAAACCGGAUAUGAAUAUUUUUCUCGCUUCAUUUGUAUAAAAUAUAAAUAGACUUUCAAGAGAGGGAAUCAAGUGCGAUGUUAAUGGAGUCGAACGUUUCAUCAAAAUUUUUGCGUUAGUUUGCUGUGUCGACUCAAUGGCACGAGCUCCAGUGCAAUGAUUUUCACAAUACAACGCCACGAUGGUUGCAGUCAGUGUCUUCACCCUAAAGAAUAUGUUCGAAACUCAUCUAAACCACAUUCGGGUGGAUGUGUUAAAUAUCCCCUACUAAAUACCAUUCCGAAAAACAGCUAUUUGGCAAAUACUAUUCAACAUGCUGAAAAAGCAACCCCACAAAAUCCAGUCUUAAGCGUAAAGUCGCGAUAACAUUUAAUCGAUUUAGACAAAUUUGAUUUAAUUUGCGGUUGUGUACCAGACAGUAUGCACGCUUGUACCGGGGUAGCCAAACAGAUCGCCAAAUCAUUGUUUGGAAUCAAAGAAAAAGUAGGGUUAAUGUCUCGGUGGUUGAUACCGGAAAUUGUUACGCUUUUGGCCAAUAAAAAGUGUCCCCAUCAAGUAGGCAGAUUAACUCGGCCUUUCUCAGAAAAAGAAUUUUGGAAAGCUAGGGAGUGGGAAAACUGGACAUUAUAUUACAGCAUACCGAUUCUUCUCUAUAUACUGCCACACGAUUUUCUGAUGCAUUAGGCUCUUUUUGUAGAAGCUUUAUAUAUUUUGUCACAAGAACGGAUUGAAAGUCGUGAAUUAGCUCGGGCUGAUCAAUUACUACACAAAUUUGUAGCUGGCACCGAAAAACUGUAUUCAAAAGUAACUAUGACGCUUAACGUUCAUUUAAUUUUGCACCUAUCGAAAAGGGUCUACGAUUGGGAACCAUUGUGGGCCCAUAACGCAUUUGCUUUCGAAUCAGGAAACGGGCAAUUAUUGAGAGGGAUUCAUUCUGUUAAGGGCAUUCACCAUCAAAUAUGUCUCGAAUAAGUUUGCAGUACAGUACCCAGCAAAUAAAAAUCUGUUCAUUUGCAUUUGAAUGGGUUUUGAGGUCUUCUGAAUUGCGUAUCUGUCACUGGAAUUCCAGAUAGUCGCCCAUAGGUUAGAGUGAGUUUUGAAUGAGAAAUCAAAUUUUUUAAUCGGCCACGUCAUUUUUUUCUCGGACUUAUUCAGUAGUGAUUCUGAAUCAGCAUUAACCGAUAGAGGAACGAUAAUUCCGAUAAAAAAUUAUUAAUUUAAAGAAAACAAAUUUAAUUUAAAUAGUUAAAAUUAUUUA